AUGAUGCUGGCCGCUGCGAGGGCGGUCCGAGAGGCGGCCUUCGCCUCCAGGAGCUCGUCCGUGGACAGGAAGUCUGCCGCCGCUGUGGCCGCCAAGAGGCAGCCUACGAACCUGGCGCCCGGGACGCGCGAGUUGCUCGAGCGGAUGCACGAGCAGGUCGCAGCGCCCCAGUCCCAUCCGGACCAGGCCGCCGAGGCCUCCCUGCUGAACCGCCAAGGGCUCGCACGCAUCCGCCGGAUGCUGGAAGGCAAUCUGGCGCCCAUGGGAGACAUCUUGGACCCGCUGAAACAGACCCUGAACGCGCUCGCGGGCCAGUUGGCCAACGCGGAGACCUCUUUAGGCCAGCUGGGACACCUGGUGCUGCAGAUUGACAUCCAGGUGUUGGGGAUAUACAACCUGAUCAGGCGCGGCAGGUUCCUCGCGUUCGAACACCCGUAUUUCACCGCGUCUUGGAUGUCUGAGACGGCAGGGCUGGUGGCUCAGCUGCCAGAGACGCGCAAUCUAAGAAUAGAUGCGCGCACGUUCAACCUUCGGGUGCACGGCGACGGUCUCAGCCAGAAGCCGACAGGCAUUCGAACAGCUCUAAUUCUGGCCCUGGGCAGGGCACCCAGGAACUUCCCCGGCGAGCUCCGGGACCUAGCUGCGAGGGACAUCGCCCGGUGGCUGAGCGCGACCAAGACAUCGAGGAGAGACUGGGUCGACCCCAGACAGGACCGCUGGUGGCCCCAGUUUCCGCCGCAGGUGCCAGAGCUCCCUCGGCAACCAUGCCCGCGGCCUGCCAUCCACAGGCUCCAGCUGCUCGCUCCCGUCCUCCGCGAUAGCGUCGACGUAGUUCUCGAAGGAGCCCGGGCCUCCGCGGGCCCUCGCACGCGCCAGCGCCGCGACCUCCGCAGCAAGGACGGCAGGCGCUUCGAGGGCUUCUGGAGCCAAGGCAAACAACACGGCUGGGGGGUCACCUAUGCCCUGGACGGCAGAUGCUCAAACACCUUCGGCGAGAACCUGAAGCAUGCCAUGUUGCACUUGUACAACGCCGUCAUACAGCCUGUAGCGAUGCCCCCAGAGAAGUGGAAGCACACUCAGGUCAGCGUCAUCCACAAGACGGGGCUGGAGGCUACGGACCUGCGGAAAAAGGCUGCAGGAUGCGCGUUCCCAGAGUCGCGAUCCCUUGUGCAAGGCGCCGUCCUGACCUCGGGCAGAGGGACGGGCGGGGGCGGCGCCGCCAAUGCCCUGACCCCCGCCAUCUCCGUGCCCUUCCCGUGGCUCUUGCUGCAGUGCCCCGGCUCCACAGUCCUGCCCGACCUCCCGCAGCUGCCUGUCCUGGCGCCGGCGGCGCACCCUGGGCGGGCGCCCGGGCGGCGAGAGAUGAAGCGGAAGGCCGUCACGGCCAGGUGCGCCGCGGCCAACGACGACGACUUCGAGGACGUCUUCGAUGUGCCCGAGGCGACGGAGAAGAAGGCAAAGACAGGCAGCAUCCUCCUGCUUCCGUCUAGGCGCCCGAGCACACUGGUGCUGGCGGGCGGGGCCGGAGCCGAAGCCCUGGGCGCAGCCCUAGGCGUCGAUUCCGGGGGAUGGGAGCAGGACGGCGGGGAGAUGUUCUCGGCGACGCUGCGGCGCCCCGGCGCCCCCUCCCUGGCCGAGUCUGGCCCGUCCCGCCAGCGGGCCAGCAUUGGCGCCCGCCGACGCAUGAUAGAAAUGGACGGCAUGGAGUACCAGCUCUUCGUCCCGCGUGGGUGGAGCAACAACACGCUGUACCCCCACCCGACGGUCAUCUACUUCCACAGUCAUCCAGAGCGCAAGUGGAGCCUGAUGAACUCGGAGAGCUUGCCUCGCAUGUUGGCCAGGAACCAGAGCCAGUCCUUCGACAACCGCUCCUGCUGGUGCCUGCCAGAGGCUGGCUACGAUGCCUACGCGGAGACCAACGACACGUCGAAGGCGUACGACGACGGAGCGUCACCGAGCUCCACGGGUUCCCCAGUGGCCGACUGCACUUUUGCCGACACGUUCAACUCCCUUGUGAUCAUGCCCCAGGGCUGGGUCGGGUCCGAGACCCCCGGGUGGACUACGUCCCACUUCGCUACGAUCAAGAACAUCACGACGGCCAUCAUUCAGAAAUUCAACGGCGACGCGGACAAGGUCAUCGUCACGGGCACGGCCGAGGGCGGCGUUGGUGCCUUGGACUUUGCAAAAACUUACCCGGACAUCGUUUCAGCCGCGAUCAUCACAGAUGCGCCCUCUGCAACAUCCGACUCGAGUUUGGACGGGCUUCCCAUCUAUGUCACGGCCGACGGCUCGAUGGGGGACGUCGCCAACGUUGACGCUCUGGUGGUGUCCCUGAAGGGGCGCUCGUCCGGCGAGACCAAGUACACGCGGUACGCAGCGGCGCCCGCGGCAGCCGACCCAGGCUUCAGCGCCAACUACGGGCACAGCUCCGACAUCAUCUACCGCGACCCGCAGCUGUGGGCUUGGGCCUAUUCGUUCAAGACCCAGGGCGGCCGCGCACGCUUGGGACUGGACCCGCUGCCCUUCGUCAAGAUGCACUGA